AUGGAACAAUAUACAAGAGCAGAGUUAUUGAUGUCAGUCGAUCCAAUCUGGUCAAUCUGUGAGAGAUCUAUGUAUGCUUUCGAAAAAUGUAAAAUCGAAAAGGGUGACGAUCCAGAGGUUUGUCUUAGAUAUGCAAUUGCCGUAUCUGGUUGCACUCAAAAGAUCAUGCAAGAACUCACAAAAGAAUGUAAACAAGAAUUAGAUAAAGCAGUUCACUGUUUGGAAGAGAAUAAUAUGCGUUCUGUAAAAUGUGAUAAAGAAAGAGUCGAUCUCUCACAAUGUUUCAAAUUAAAGUCAUUCGAAAAAUUCCAAUAA